GGAAAAAUUAAUGUAUUUUUUUUUCAAGAUGGCGGAUUAUGGGAAGUUUACAAUCGUGCAAUUUAUAAUGAACAUUUCAUACUGCAGUAAACUUUCAUAAAGCGGAGACAGUUUAGGACAGGGGGCAUUUUUCUAAAGAGAUAAUUCACUAAAAUUCUCAAUUUGGCAUGGAACAACUGAAACUAACGCAUCAAGAACAAGCAUUUUACGGAGAGUGUUUCCAAUCGUGUGAUGCGGAUGGAAAUGGAAGAAUAAGCAGCAGCAGAGCCUCUGACUUGUUUAUGUACUCAGGACUCGGUCCGGAAGUGCUCCUGCAGAUAUCAGAGCUUUGUGGUGCCAAGAGACUUGGACAUUUUGGCCGUAGUCAGUUUUAUAUCGCCCUGAAACUUAUAGCUGCUGUCCAGAAUGGAUAUCCGGCCAAACUGGACAGUCUAAAUACAGGAACAGACAUGCCAUUGCCAAAAUUUACAAGAACUGCUGACCAAGAGAAGAGAUUACACACUACAUUACCCACUCAAGACGCAGACAGGGCCACACAGCAGUCAGCUUCAAACCAACCAACAGUGGGACAAUUACCACCUCCUCCUGCUUCCAAAAAAUCCCACACUCGAUCCCAGUCAGGGCAGUUCAGAGGUGUGGUGGACCGGGACUCAGGGGCGCCCAAUCCUAACGCAGUACCCCAGGCAGUAACCACUCAACAGGCUGUAUUGAACAGAGAGGAAUCUCCAAAUAACACCACAUCCCCCAGACAAUUCACAUCUCCACCCCAAUCCCCACCAUCAUCUCCACCAAUCACGAACAACAUCCAAUCAGCUAACAGCAUUCCCUCAACCAAUCAGAAUAGUGUGCAUGGACAUGUGGUAUCCCCAGUGGCAAAGCCAUUACCCAAUCAAAUCCAGGGAGCACCAGCUGCAAUGAACUCCUUUCAGACUGGUGUACCCACCGUGAUAACAGGGACUGCCCCCACCAAUAUCCACACGGGGCAUCACCACCACAGAAUUAAUGCCAACUCCACACACGAUCCUGUGGAGGGUUGGGCUUUAUUUGAGGAUGAUGAACAUGCAGGUCUGUUAGCACCAGAAUCCAGAAAGCCCUAUAAUCUGGAACCACCUGGAUUUGAUUCAUCAUCCAUAAGUUCUGAUCCAGAGAGUGUGGAUGACAUAUGGAGCAUCAAUGAUGACCAGAAAGAGUAUUACAUCACACAAUUUAAGACCAUGCAACCAGAUCUGAGCAAAACUAUUACAGGAGCGGUAGCGAAGGAAUUUUUUGAGAAGUCUAAGUUACAGGUUCAUGAGCUAUCCAAAAUAUGGCAGUUGUCUGACCUGAAUAGGGAUGGUGAGUUGUCUCUGGAGGAGUUCUGUAUUGCUAUGCAUUUAGUGGUCCUUCGGAGACACGAAAUAGAAAUACCCGACAGACUGCCAUUUUCUCUGAUGCCAUAUACUUCAUUUACUAAUGAAGAACCCUUUGCUGUUGAUCACCCUACAGGGGGUACUUUGAAGAGAGCCACACCCCCUGACACACCCCCCUCUCACCCUCAAUCUCUGGCGGAGACAUGGGAGCCCAUCGUACAAGAUGCUUCAUCAGAUGCUGCUAGUGAUGUUGCAUCCCCAAGUGUUAAACCAUUGAACUUUGCCUCGGUACCAGUGUCCGAGUCUGAUAAAAUCGCACAUCCCAUUCCCAUGAGAGUCUCACCAGAAAUACAGCAUCAUGAGAGAAGUCGAGCAUACUCAGAACCUGCUCCGCCACAUAUAGACCAAUCAGAAUCCAGCAUGAAAAAAACCCGAGCAAAUACCGAAUCCCAUCUGAGUUCCUCUCAGAAUGAAAUUGAUCUCCUAACUGGGGAUGAUGAGAUUAUUACAGGGAGUACGCAGGCGGUUCCUCCCCCUGUAUCCAGCCGACCUCGACCAGUUCCACCCAAAAGUUUGGGUCCAGUUCCAGGUAAUAUUACCGGUCUGUUGCUCCCCGCCCCCACCUCUAGUCACGGUGAGAACACAGAAGGAGGCGCUGAACAGGAGCCACCGGUACCCCCGCCACGGCCCCAGGGUAGGAGCAUGUCCAUGGAUGCCAGCAAAGGUCUUUCCACGCCCCCAGCUGUUCCACCUAGAACCUCUCCAAAAGAUAGUCCUGGUGUUAGAAAAUCUGGAGAAGUUUCCUUUAGUGCAAUAAAUUCAAAGUUUAACGAGUUUAAGAAGUUUGAAUCCAUUCCAUCUGAAGAAUCACUCAACAAUAUCGCUGGAAUGGACAGUACAGAUUCCACCAGUCACAAGGUUCGCUCAUUAACACAGGAGUAUGACAAAAUGGGACAUGUGCAAGCAACUGGACCUGAAUCUGGAGAUUCUAAUGCUGUCGAUGCCAAUAAAUCAAGGGACUCCUCACCGCUGGUUAAGUUCGAUAUCCCAGAUGAUGAGACAGGAAGGGGGGAAACUCAGAUUUCCCUUGAAAUGAAGAGGCAGUUGAGCAGAGAUAAGAAAGAUCUACAGAUGGCAAUUCGGACACAUAAAGAGAGAAACUCAAUGUUAGAGAGACUGGGCAGUGAAUUGAACCAAGAACUUCAGGAGGUUAUGGAACAGCGUAUUGCAUUAGAGAUUCAAUUAGAACACCUGAAGCCUUUCUCCAGCUGAGAGUGGGAGAUGUGUCACGACAUAGUCUAGUCUGCAUCUUGUGGUGUUCCAGUGAUAAAAAUCAUUCCUACUAUCCUCUGAUAGAAAAUUCAUUGUCUUUGGUAAAGGUUUGGGGGAGGGGGGUGGAAUAGUUGAUGGCGUCAUUACAUGGAAGAUGUAUAAACAGGUUUUACAUUUCAAAGAAAUCUCUGUUAAGUUUAUAUUUAUGGGAAACCUGUGUUAUUUUUAAUUUUUAAAUUGUCUUUAUGAAUUGUAAUAUAACAAUUUGUUUGCUUUUGUUGGUAUUCCCAAACCACAUUAUGUGACAGCUUCAUUGAUGUAGAGAUCUCGCUUCAGUUAAAAUGGACUUUCCUUUAAAAUGAUGCAUUUAUAUUACACCCAUUCUACUUUUGUGUAAUACAAAAUGUAGAUUAUGUAAUCUUUUCAACCAUUAAGAAAAAAUGUUCACCAGCUUCAGAUUAUUUGAAUUUCAUUUGAUGAUGAUCAAAAGUGUCAUUGAAUUUUCCCUUUUUGUUUUGAUAUUUACAACAUGCAUUUCUGGUUGACUUUUGAUAAGGAUUUCUGCAUACUUAAAUUUGACUUCAGCUUAGCUCAAAGAAAUGGAGAUACAAAAGCAAUAUAACACUAUAUUGACCACAUUUUAGUGUAAGACACAUAGAUAUAUUGCAUAUUCUCAGCUGACGAUGAUGAGAUACCACACCGGAAGUAUAGGUGUGAGUUUAAGAGGCUAGUAUGACGGAAUGGUUUUCCCCGUUACUCUUCCUGAUGGCCAAAUAUUUAUCCUUCCCACAACAAUGCAAUACAUUGUGUAAUGGGUGUGUACUAGUUUAUACGUGGAAGUAAAGAAUAUGUUUUAUUUUCGUGAAUGCUUUAAGAGUGAACAAUAGCAGAUAUCAGGAGUUCUGGGUAACAGACACUUUUGUACAGUGAACGUCAUAGAUUUUCAUCCCUCAGUGCAAUGUGUGCAUUUCUUGUAUUUGAUGGUUAUAAAUUGGCCACUGUUUUACACAUGGUAUGCAUCUUAUAAACUGUAAUGGUAAAAGAUAUUUACAUAUAGCUAGAUUCUGGGUAUGAAUUAUGUGUAUUAUGAGAUUCAGUUUGGAGAAGUUCAUACUACCUAUGAAAAUGACAAAUCGCAUAUUCAUUACCCACACAUAAAGCAGGAGAAGUGAGAAUGAACAUAUAUAUGUAUCUAGUCUCGAAGACAACCAGUAUCUUGCAUGCUCGUAAGUUAUACAGAGUUAUAUGCCCAUUGUUUUUCAUUCUAUAUAAAACACGUCAUCAAUUAUAAACAUAUUCCAACUAGUCUGUAAUAGUCUGCCACGUUACAAUGCAGUCAUUCAAUUGAGCAUAAUGUGUCGCUUGAUACUAUAAAACAGGUUUAUAGUAAAACUAUCAGCAUACACCGUAUAAAAAAUGGGGAGUUUUUUCUCCAUUAUAGUAAAUUUAAUUUCAACCAGGUGUUCUCUGAUCAUGACUGUAUAAAUUGUAUUGUUAUUUCAUUUUAUUUUGAUUCAGAAGCUGAAGUUUAGAUUGAACUAAUGUAAGUGUAUUGUGGCAAAUGUACUGCAUUUAGACCUCUCUUAAGCUAAAAAGAAAUGAACUGUCUUAAAGAAUCAUUCUUUUUCAAUAUCAUGUGAUUCAGGGUCAAAAAUACAUGUGGACCUGGAUGCAGUUUUAUGAUAGAAAGUCAUAUGCAUAAAUUUAUCAAUGUUCUUCUUUUAACUGACAAGGAAUUACAGAAUAUUGUUUUCUUAUUCAUUCUCUCUCUCUCUCUAGCUGACCAAACCUACUACCGUAAGUGAGGAUGUCCUCACAAUGUGUAGAAGAGAAUACACACAUGUAUUAUUCUAAAGGCAAAACAAUACUAUGUUAGGUAUAGCUAUAAGGAUGUCUAUAAAAGUUUAUCCAAUAAUCCCUUUUCGAAAUAUGAAAAAAAGGUUUUUGAGAGAGAAUAAUAGUAAGGACAUGUCCUCACACCACUUGUCCUCACUAAGCUAAUAUUUUGUGUCUACAUCUUUCAAAUGCUGUAAGUCACAUUUACGAGGACGUAUAAUUGUGAGGACAUUUUUUUGUCCUCAUAGUGCAAUUCUGUCCUCACAGCUUAUGUCCAGUGGUUGAAAUUUGUCCUCACUUUGUUUUAUUCUCUCUCUCUCUCGUACAUGUAUUUUAUCUAUUUUUGUAACUUAUAAAAUUGAUUUAGAAAGAAAAAACACAUCUUUUUUCGGUAGGGAAUUUUGUAAAUAAAAUGAAUACUUGCAUUCAAAGUUUGAGCAAUGAUUGUAGAAGUAAUAUUCAGUGUUGCUUUUCACAGUAUAGAACUUGGUGAUAUUAGGAAUGACCCAUGCCUCAGAGUAAAGAUAUCAUUGUUUCAGCCAUUUGUAAAUAUCAAAUAGCCUGGUAGCUUGCAAACCAAUGCAAUGAUGCAAAUUAUGAUUCCGAUGCAUUCUAUUUUGUUUUCGGUUGUGAGAUAAAUUAAGGCAAUUAUAACUUAUUAAAGGCAUUAUACUAUAAGAAAUAUAAGAUAAGUAAAAUUAUUGAAAGACUGGCAAGUUUUUAAUAUGUUUGAUUUACUACAUGUGCAACAAAUUUUCCCUCUGAGUUCGACUAUUGACUAGUUUUGCAAUAAAUUGUGCAUGUUCGCAAUUCUUCACUUUCAGAUCUCAAAAUGAGGAAGGAAAGUUUGAAAGGGAAUAAGAUUUGCUUAGACAUAGAUCCCUUUGUUAAUUGUACGUAGAAAGAGUAAAUUUCCUUAUUCAAGUUCUUUUUUUUGAAAAGGGCCUCAGAUGUGUAGUUUCUUCCCAUUCCUAUGAAAAAGGGAUUAGGAAUGAGAAACAAAAUGUAUGUAUAUUGCAUAAUGAAGACGUAUUUGGUUGAAGUUGUUAGAUAAAUAGGGUGUUUAACCUUUGAACUCUGAACUGUGUGAGUUGAAUGUCUGUUGCAAGUUAUAGUUGAGAUAAGUAACAAUAGUGUUAUUUCUGUUGCCAUGGUUACUUGUUUCGUUUUGAAUGUUAUAGAGCAGUUUGUGUAUGGAUGUUUUAAAAAUGCGUAACUUAUCAUAUAACAAGUUAAUAAAACGUAAACCAUG